UUUUUAUUCUCAAUUCACAAAAUAAUAAUAUAUUACUAUGCUUUUUAAUUAUUUUAAUUGUUGUAUGGGCUGGGCUGUAAGUGAACUCGAAACGGGUGGGAUAAAAAAGUAUUUGGGCUCUAAAAAAAGCCCAAUUAAUCGGAGUAGUGGCUAGUUAGUACCGCCAAACAAGCCCUUAAUCAACAAUCGGAGUAUUGUACUCUUUGCUUUAAUUGCUGUACAUUCAUUAGGCAUUUUUAUAUCCGAGAAUUUCAAAUAUUCAGUGCAGCGUACUGGCUUCCAGCUUCCAUAUUCCUCUUUCAUCCAAGCUUUAUGGGUGAUAAUUAUGACGAGCCGCUUCCUCCGGGAGUCCAAUCCCUGCCACGUACGUUAGUCUCAUCUUCAAGUAAUCCAUCCUCCUUGCCAGCUGUAGAUUCUGGAAACCGACUUUUUCCUCUAUUAAAUGCCCAUAGUUCUUCUCCCUUGGAAACUAUUAAUCCACAGUAUAUAUCCACAUCAAAAUUCAGUAAUGAUAUUGAAGCUGCUGCCCAGAAUGCUGUGAUGCAUGAACAAGAAAUUGCCACCCAAAUUGUUAUACAGAACCAGAGAGAAUCAAGCACUGUAGCUGGAUCAUCUGAGGAUAAUAGAGACAUUUUGUCUGGUCGUCAUGACCCACAUGCUCUUAAGGAGCAUCUACUAAAAAUGACCACACUGCAUCGAACAAAAACGGCUUUAAAACGUGGCAAUCCCACCGCUAUGGAGGAAGGAAAUUUUGAAAUUGGAAAUGGAUAUGGCGUGCCUGGCGGAGGUGCUUAUUAUGGUGCUUCAGUGCACAAUGUUAAAACCCACGAAAUAAAAGAUCUUGAUGGCCAGAAAACAAGCCAAAACAAUGCAGAGAUUACUGGUGUGUCUAAUGACUUGCCUGAAUAUCUCAAGCAAAAGCUGAAAGCAAGAGGUAUCCUGAAAGAUAAUCGAAGUGCAGAGAAUUCUUCGGUGACAGAAAAUAGAUUGGAAGCUCAGUCAUCUCAGGACAUGGCACCUGGGAAUCUGCCUUCAGGAUGGAUUGAAGCAAGGGAUCCUGAAAAUGGUACUGUGUUUUAUUAUAAUAAGAUUUUAGGGAAAAGUCAGUGGGAAAAACCUACAGAUGCACCUCCUAUUUCUGUCUUUGUGGCACCGCCUCAACCAGAAGAUUGGACAGAGGCAUUUGAUGAAACUACAGGUCAAAAGUAUUAUUACAAUAGGAAGACCAAUGUGUCGCAGUGGGAGCAUCCAGGUGCACAGCAGGCUGCCCCACAGCAUCACGAAAUGGUCUCCUCUGAUGCAUUGGACGCGAAUUCGGGAGAUCGCCCAUUGACUUUACCAAAAUGCAUGGGGUGUGGUGGGUGGGGAUUGGAUCUCGUAAAGUCUUGGGGCUAUUGCAAUCACUGCACCCGACUUCAAAAUCGUCCAGAAAGCCAAUACUUAUCAGCCCCUGCAGAAAGCCAAUACUUAUCAGCCCCUGCAGAAAGCCAUAUGCAUGCCAUCGCCACUCCUAGAAAUCAAGGAGAUCCAGAGAAGAGUUCUUCUAAUCACAGGUCCGAUACGAAACCCCCUCUCGGGAGUGGCUACAAAAAGGACAAUAAGAAGCGUGCAUACAGCGAGGAUGAUGAAUUGGACCCGAUGGAUCCAAGUGCCUAUUCAGAUGCUCCUCGUGGUGGUUGGGUUGUUGGCCUUAAAGGAGUACAACCAAGAGCAGCAGAUACCACUGCCACGGGACCUCUUUUUCAGCAGCGGCCUUACCCGUCACCGGGGGCGGUGUUACGUAAAAAUGCAGAAGUUGCUUCUUCACAAAAGAAAAAGCACAAUUCUGGUUAUGCUCCUAUUUCCAAGAGAGGGGAUGGAAGUGAUGGUCUUGGUGAUGCUGACUAGAUUUUAAGCUAACUCCCAUGUACUUGGUGCACUACUCCACGCUAUACUACUCUCUCUCUCUCUCUCAAGAGUUGACUGGAGUAAUAAGAGAGAGAUUAUCUGGUGUGGUGAAGGUUCAACAUAUAUGAUGAAGAUGAUGGUUUCUUAAGAAGAGAUGAAUGCCCAUCAUUAAACGAUUUUGUAUUUCUUUUUUCUUUUUCUUCUCCAUUUUAUUUAUACAUUUUCCCAACAGUCACGAUGCAUAUAUGUACAAACACAAUUCCGACAACGAAUUUCAUUUUACUUAAUGUUAGAGUUUAAAUUUGGGGUAAAAUUAAUUUUCAAAAA